AGAGAAGUAUGAGGUCCCAUUUGCCCAGAAGGCUACGCUAUGCUAUGUUUCGCUAAGCUAUGCCGCUAAUAACAUGAGUUUCGACCUACCGCCAUCGCAGUGGCGCGUUUCGAAUCGUACUCUACCCGAUGGUACCUUUGGGUACCAACUCCACCUGUCUACUCCUCCUCAGUAUCAGGAAUGACGAAAGGCCUAUCAUCGCCAGAAUCCUGGGCUUCACCAUCCACAGCAGUGGAUUUGAAGAGCUGACCAGCGAAAUUCGACUUUCUGGCCUUGAAAUGGUUGAACGAAUGGCUUCCAUCGUCUUCUUCAACAACCUGAAUGACACCUUUCGUGGAGAGACGGAGGUUCAAGGCGCUGAAGGUGCCGGAAAGUCCCUUUUGGACCCGCUUGAACCAUCGUUGGUGCUUCUCGAGGUGAGACGAGUGGUUGACAAGUUGAAUCUCCGCCACGGCAAGCCUUUGCUUCAAAUCCAGCAGCUCUGCGUUCGUCUCGAGAGCCAUCGCGUUUAUGUGGUCCAUCUUAGCAACGAGUGCGUCCUAUGGGAUCCUAUUAGCAUCGAAACCACCAAGAUCGCAUGGAAUGACUCACAAUGUCCAUCUUCUUCCUCUUCCUAUCCUUUUGUGGCUUGGAGAGUGGAGUCAAAACACCAGGAACCGAUGUGCCGCUAUGAAGGCGCCAAACGCCAAAGAUGCGCGUGUUCCGGCCUUGCAAGCCAUCGUACAUCUCUCGAAUGGUGUUGAAGGCUCUCGCAGGUACCGGUUGGUUAAGUUCGAUCGCAGUUCGGACCGCAAGGACGAAAGGAGCAAGC